ACAACAACACAACAACAACAACUCUACACGGAAAAAUAUCUUCGCAGUUUCAAUGUCAAAAUUAAGUACGAUUUUAAACGGAAACGGAUAUUUUAAUAGUAAAUGUUCAAAGUUAUUUUGGGAUUGGUCCUGACAAACGAUCUGACAACUUUAUUGCCUUUGAAGCACUGCUUUAAACGAUAAUAAGCGGAUAAUUGACAGAUUGAUUUCGGAUAUAUUUUAGAUAACUUCAAUGAACUUCCAAUCUAUGUUGAAACUGGUUGAAGUAUGAAUACCGCACCUUACUCCAAAUUUGUUAACUAUCCUGGGGAUAUGAUGUUCAAGCCUAAAACGAAAGGUGUCCGUGCAACCAAGAUGAAUAUUCUGGUUGGAACUGUGAUAGGGGUAGGAUUACUGAUUACAGUGUUGAAUAUAUACCAGCUUCAUCAGUUAAAGGAGGAACAUUCCUAUCAUACCAGGGGGCACAUUAGUUCUAUGGCUGAGGGCAGUGCUGGAAAGGCUACCAAAACAUCACCUGUAGUGUGGAUCUCUGGAAAACAUUUGGAGACAGGCUAUUUAGAUCAUGUGAAGGCCGUGUUUGAGAGGCUAGGAUUUUUUGUGACCAAUGGCGAAGAUGACUGGGAUGUUUUAUGGGUACAUGAUUACCCUUUUAUCAACAUGGCAAAACAUAUGACAAAACUGAAGCCUUACCAGAGGGUGAAUCAUUUCCCAGGUUCAGGUUACAUCACCAACAAGGGCAGUUUAGCAACAUUACAACUAGAUGCCUUUCCUAGAGCUUUCAGAGUACCAAAGGACAAGGAGAAGCUUCUUAGAUAUGCUAAAGAAAAUCCACAGACAAUGUGGGUACAAAAGAAUAAUAACCAUAGAGGAAUAAAAAUCAAACAAAUUGGAGAGAUUGACUUUGAUUCAAAUGGGUCAUUUGUACAACAGUUUGUCGACAAACCAUUCCUAAUUGAUGACAGGAAAUUUGAUAUUGGAGUAUAUGCCAUUUUAGCAUCAUUGAACCCUCUAAGAGUGUAUAUUAUCAACGAUGAAGCUCUUAUCAGGUUUUGUUCAAAGAGUUACUACCCAUUUGAUGCCGCUGAUGUCGACAAAUAUGUUGUACAUGAUGCUUACACACCAAUGUGGGAGAUGCCAUCACUAAAAGAUCUGUAUACAAACCAGAAAUAUACUUUUAUGGAAUCUUUUAACAGACAUAUGAUAAGCAAAGGGAAGAAUAUAACAAAGGUUUGGAGGGAUAUACAUGAAACAAUUAGAGCAGUAUACUUACAGAAACAAAGUACUUUAAUGUCAGCAGGAGCUAAAUAUAAAACUACUAGGAAUUUCUUCGAGCUAGUGAGGUUUGAUUUUGUGUUGGAUGAAAAACUGAAAGUAUACUUAAUGGAGGUGAACAUGUCACCUAACCUAGCAACAGGACAUUUCAUUGGUAACAGAAGACUGUAUGAACAUGUUAUAUAUAAUGUACUGAGGGUGUCGGGUGUAGCUUCUAUGAUAGAGAACCAGUUUCAUACUAGUGAUAAACAUCUAGAUGAAAUGUUGGUAUCAGACAGGGAUAUAGCGGUGUUUUCAGACUGGUGUACCCAGCAAGAAUGUAUAGGUCACUGUGAUAAUCAGAAAUGUUCUUUAUGCAAUCAUUGUUUAUCAUCAGCACAGAGGAAUGAUUUUAAAAGUGCCUACCUGGAGCAUAUAAACAGAGGUGGUUGUAGACGAAUGUUCCCUCCAGAGAUAAAAAGAGAAGAUGCAUUAAAAUGGACGCCAAAAACAGAUAAAUUUAAACUAAACGAAUAUAAUGAUAAAACGAGAACUAUGUUUACCUGGUAUAUUGGAAUGUGCCGGAAGGAUCCAUUAUUCUGCACCUAGGGGCGUGAGGUAUCUAGGGAAACCACUAGCUUGGACAAACAAGACUUCCUUGGAAACCAGUCUCAAACGACGGCAUUUAUUGUCAAUAUAUACUCAAGAGAAAACAGCGCAAUUUCAUCCAUAUAAAUACUUGAGAUAUUAGCCUUGUCUGAUAUUGAAGGCUUGAUGUAAAAUGGGUGUAACUCUGAUUUGCUCCAGCUCUUAUACUGUAGUUAUCUGUUAAUAUUGACCAGGUUGAAUGUAGAGUUAUGACUGCAUUUUGAUUGUUAAAUAUUAAAUGCCCCUAGUCAGAGCAUUCAUUUAAGUUUUUAAAGAGGUUUUUAUAAAUUCAAGUGUUAAAGCUGUAAGCCUUGAUUCUGAUAUUAUGAAAAUUGAUUUCCUAAAUUCACCAAAGUCUUAUAUUGGAUAUAUUCUUCUUGAACGAUCUUUGAGUUGCAUGUUAAAACUCAUAAGUGUCAUUUCUUUUGAUGGAAAUUUGAUUUUAUUCUAGUCAGUUGGUGGAUACUUAGACUUCUGACUGGGUAAUAUAUAUAGGCCUGUAUGUAUGGUAACAAAACAGAAAACAAAUACUUUAAAACAUUUUAUCAUUGGAAGGAACAUAGGUUUGGUCUUUAACCUAGAAUGGUUUGACCUUUUGAACUUUAAAUCAUAAGUCAUUAUACCUCAUAGGUCCUCGUUUCAGUAAAUCAAAUCUUUUUCAUAAAGGUCCUAUUGUUAACAUGUAAUGGUCAUGGUGCUGACAGUAGACAAUUACUUUAUUGUUUACCAUUUUACUUCUUAAAGUGGACCAUACAGUCAGUGAAAAGACAAACAUUUAUAUGUUUUAAAUAGGUUAAGGUUAACCCACUAUGACAUUGACACAGAAUAUUUAUUCUUCUGAAAGGUCAAGGGUUGAAAGAGCAACUAAAAUACAUAGAUAUCAUUGUUGAGUGCUAAUGGUAGGUUGAUCUAUAUUUUUCUUGAUUUUGGACUUAAAUUGUAUAAUUUUUUAAAUAAGAUCUUUCCUUUGUAUUACUUAUCAUAGCCUGAUAAACACAAUAGUUGGAAUAGUUGUAUGGUCUUAACAAAGAUUUCUUACUUUUAUCUUUACCUAUACAUUCCAUGUCACAAGUGUCUUUAUGGUCCUUAUUCUUAAUACAUGUAUGUAGAUAAAAAGAUAAAUAAUAUUGAAUUGCUUGGGAAUAGGGGUGGAAGGGGGUUUAAAUAUUAAUUUAAAUUCGUGUAUUUUUAGUGUGAGAGUUUGUUUGCAAUAGAUUAAUUGACACAAGAAGUUAGACUUGUCUUUGUUAACCUUUUAUGUUUAGACAUUUGGUCAUAGAUAUUUAGAACACAAAGUGCUUUUAUAUUGUUUACCCUGUUUUUAUAUCUUGUUUUAAAGAAUUAUUGAUUAAGCUUUAGUUGUUUUCAUUUAAUUUUUUAUUCAUCAAAGGAAAUGCCCUUCCAAGGGGCAUGGAAUCAUUUAUAUACUUUUAGAUGUAGUAACAAGAUUUUUUUAAUAUUUUACAUGUAUUAUUAUUAUUUUUUCUCUUUGAAAGAGCUUUCUUUACCAUUUUUUGAAGCAUUAUUUUGUAACGUUUUAUAUAAUUGUAUUUUAUAAUUUUAUAGUUUAGAAUUUUUAACCUGUAAGUUUUUAUGCCUACCACAUAAAUAUAUGUAGCGGUUAAAUUGUUUUUUAUGUCAUGUCACUCAGUCUGUUUCUUUGCUGACAAUAUUAUCAGAGGCUGUAACAUUUUAACUAUAUUUACAAAAUUUUUAAUACUUGGACAUAACAUACAUCUAAAUGUGAGCUCUAUUUAAAGAUAAUAAAAUAUGGCCUUGGCCCCUACAUGACUUGAUAUUUUCAAGGUCAUAAAUUUGUAUUAAACUACAAUUUAUUUUCUUUUUUACUUAAAGUAUUUUUUUUUUAUCUAAAUUAUUAUUUUACAUUUUUUAUGCCAUUUUGUAAGAUAUAUGCCAACCUUUUUUAUUCAGUUUGAUUUCUAUUAAUAUGUAAUUCAAUUUUGUAUGUAACUUAUAACUUAUUAUGAAUUUAUUAUUACAUUGUUAAACGUACAUAGAACCAUGUUCAGUUAAAAUGUAUCUAUAUCAGCUUAUUAACUCUAAGCCUGCUGGUGGCAGCAUGUUCUACUCAUGCAACCAGUGCGGACCGGGAUCAACCAGCCUUGCCUUCUGAUCAUGGUCUGCACUAUACGGUAUUUAGUCAGUACAUAUUUUGAAGUAUUCCCUUAAAAUAAUGAAUGGUUUUUGUCCAGAUUGAAAGAUGAACAAGUCCCUUUAUAAUAUUUAUUAUGGUAAGAGCUAAAGGAAAUCUGUUCAAAUAGCUUUUACAUAAGAAUCAAAUUGGUUUUUACCCAAGAAUCAAAUUUUUAAUCAUAAACAUAUUUUAAAAUUUUUAAACCAUGCAUAAUAGUAUGUCCCAUCUAACUACAGUAAAUAUUUGUUAUUCUUAUUUAUUAAUACAAAUUACACCAAAGCUCCCAUUUCACUCUUGUCUCUUCUAUACUUAAAUGAAUCUCAUGAUGCUAGUGAUGAUAUUAUGUUUAUGAUAUAUCAUGAUAUAUAUCCACUGAUAUAUUACUCUAUAUCCUGAUAUAUUUGCUGAUAUAUUGCAGUAUAUCAUGGUAUAUAUCCACUGAUAUAAUGCAGAAUAUCAUGGUAUAUAUCCACUGAUAUAAUGCAGAAUAUCAUGGUAUAUAUCCACUGAUUAAUGUAGUAUAUCAUGAUAUAUCCACUGAUAUAUUACAGUAUAUCAUGAUUUAUUUUAUGCUUUUCAGUGGAUUACUGAUUUAUCCGUGAAAAUUAUAUUUGAUAAUUUCACUGUGAAAAUUAUCAAAAUAUAAUUUCACACUUUUCAAUGACGAAACUACUUUUUUAAGAUUUUUCCCAUGUGGUACCUCAAUUUUAUUUUUGCUAACAAUUCUGACAAUGUCAGGCUGUUUAAAGGAAAUGCAAAGCUGAAAUUGAUAAAUAACUUAAAUGUCAAAAGUAAUAAAAAGAAGAAAACUUACUUCUAUUAACCAAAUUUCGUCUCUAAUUUUUUGUUUCAUUUUUACAGUCUGAAAAAUACAUUCCUUCCACAUGCAAACUGCUCUUGAUGACAUUUGGGCAUAUUAAAGUAUCCUACGAGCAAUAACUGCCGUAUGCUUCAUGAAAAAUUGAAAAGCAUAGACAGCUAUCAGCUCGUAGAACAAGUAAACCGCCCAGCGUUCCAAGCAAGUUCCAAGUUUUCCAUUUUCAUAGCUGCUUUUUUCAUGUUUUCACAUCUGUCAACACUUAUUUUAUGUCUGUUUCAAUCCUCAAAUAUGUUUUCUUUCUUUUUAAAAGGUGUAUGACUAAUAAAUCCAAAUGAUACCCCUCUGAAUCAAACACAAUUAUUUUCCUCCCGUGAAAUACACAACUUUAAAAAAAUGGCUGCCGCUUACAUUUAACAAAGCCAGGUCUAAUAUAAAUUCGCAGUAAGUAACAGAAAUAUGGAUGGAUGGCUGGAAUUUUCUCCUACAAGAAUUGUUUAUUUUUAUUAUUAAAACAAGCAAUCAUUCAUAUUUUUUGAACAAAAUAAAUAAUAUCACUGUCAUUUAACGUUGAUUGUCGGACUUAUUUUUCAGCUCAAGACUUCUUGUUUUUAAUGAGAAAUUCCGACUAAAUGGGGCUCUCAAUGGGGAAAACAGAUUUUAAUAUUUACGUUAAUAUUAUGGAAAUUUCGUUUUUACUUGUUUUUUAGCAUAAAAUAAAAAGAAAAUUUGUUUGUUUGUUGUGUAAGAUGUAAUUUUAUUUCAUCUUGUGAACUUUAAGAACAGUAUUCUCACUCGUGGCUACGCCGCUUGUGAGAAUACUGUUUUUAAAGCCCACUCGAUGAAAUAAAAUUUCAUCUUACACACAAACAAACAAAUAUCCUCUAUAUAUCCACUGAUAUAUUACAGUAUAUCAUGAUAUAUCCAGUGAUAUAAUGCAGUAUAUCAUGAUAUAUCCACUGAUAUAUUGUAAUAUAUCCACUGAUAUAUUGCACUAUAUUGUGAUAUAUCCACUGAUAUAUUGUGAUAUAUCCCCUGAUUUAUUGCGGUAUAUUGCCUUAUAUAUUGCAGUAUAUCCUGAUUUUAUCAACUGAGUACAGUAACAGGUUAACAAGGUAUAACAACCUAUUCAAUUUAAUAGGAGUUGUUUCUGUUUCUGUACUAAGGUGAUGAUUUUGUCAAUAUAUUUUCCCUGAUAUAUCAUAAUUUAUACCAUGAUAAUUCAUAUAUGCUUUCAUCAAUUAUAAUAUUAAACCUGAUAUAUCAUGUCCUGAUAUAUCUUAAUGUUUUAUAUAUCAUCAUAUAUAACCUUAUAUAAUAUAUACCUUAUCAUACCUCAUGUGUAUCACAUAUCAUAUGCUAUAUGCUUCUAUCUCAAACUUUGUUUAUGAUUUUAUUGCUUUAAAUUUCAUGUCUUAUUUCAUUCAGGGUUUUUUCUAUACAUAUUAUUAUAGAAUUAUCUAAAUUUCAAUGUUCAAACUAGAGAAUUGUGUUGGAAGUUUGUAAAAUAUCUAAAUUUCAAUGUUCAAACUAGAGAAUUGUGUUGGAAGUUUGUAAAAUAUCUAAAUUUCAAUGUUCAGACUAGAGAAUUGUGUUGGAAGUUUGUAAAAUAUCUAAAUUUCAAUGUUCAGACUAGAGAAUUGUGUUGGAAGUUUGUAAAAUAUCUAAAUUUCAAUGUUCAGACUAGAAAAUUGUGUUGGAAGUUUGUAAAAUAUCUAAAUUUCAAUGUUCAGACUAGAAAAUUGUGUUGGAAGUUUGUAAAAUAUCUAAAUUUCAAUGUUCAGACUAGAAAUUUGUGUUGGAAGUUUGUAAAUUAUCUAAAUUUCAAUGUUCAGACUAGAGAAUUGUGUUGGAAAUUUGUUAAAAUAUCUAAAUUUCAAUGUUCAAAAUCAUGUAUGUAAUAAAUUGUUACAUAACAACAAGGCAGUUAAGAAUAAUUAAGAAGUGUGAGGCUUUAACCCCUGACCCUGCUGGGACAGAAAGUGAUUAGCCUUUUACCACCAGCACAUAGGCCAGUUUGUCACAUAUCCUUGCAGUCUAACCAGGUUCUGUACUGGCAGUAGCUUUUGAUAUUGAUAACACCUAAACUUCAAAUAGACUGUUCCAAAUUUCGAGGAAAUCCAUGAAAGAAAUUCAGUAGGUCAUGGGUCAAUAUCCAUAUCAUGGGUUGUUUAAGUGGUGUUGAUAAAUCAAUGUCCCCUUUUAAAACAUUUUAAAGCAGCAUGCCUUCAGAUUCAUGCUAAUUUUCAUGAACAUUUUGAAAAUGUAUUUAAAAUUAAAAUACUGUAAAAUAUAACUGUUUACACCAGCACUGCUUAUACCCUGCUUUGUUGUACUUUUUUCUUACAUUCCUAUUUUGUUUCAUCUACAUGAAUUUAUGCAAACAGCAAAGUCCAUGCUAACUAUUGCUUUAAUGUUUGUAGAACAUGUUCCUGUUUACCUGUUUUUAUCAAAAUAGUUAAAAUAUACAGUGCAUUUACAUAAUUUUUAUACCUCUUCUUGCCUUUAUGUUAACUUCCAUUUUAAAAUUAUGCUUUUAUUGUCUUCACUAACUAUGUUUAUAUAAUGUAUGUAGUAAAGUUGAUUCAAUAUAAUUCUAUCAUAGACAAAAAGCUAUGUUUGUGUAAUGCAUGUAAUAAGAUGAUUAAAUAUAAGAUAUAAUAUAUAAUUGUUAUUAUCUAUAAAUUACAAAAUGUAUGAUGCCUAUUAUUGUUUCAUUACAUACCUCUAUCUACAUGUAUCUUAUUUGAUCAUUGUAAAAUGUUAUAAUGUUAUAUUUACUAUCUGUUUAUUGUUAUUUCCUUAUUUUGAAUUUGAUCAUUAGAUCAUAAAUUAAGCUGCAUUGUUUUGCUUUUAUUUCCAAUAAUAUGUGAAUAUUAUGUAUAAAAAAAAACAACAACACACAUCAUACAAAUUUUCUUGUAUUUUAUAUUAAUUUUGAGUGCAUUGUUGUAGAAUAAUGCACGGUUUGAGUUCAAAUGAGUUUGAGUGAUUAAUUACAAAGCAUUUGAAAGAUAAACCAUGCAUUAUUACACUAUAAUGCAAGAAAAAUAAAUAUCUAUUUCCAUUCUAACAUUCUAAUAAAAAAGAGAAUUGACAAAAAAUAUGCUGAACUACAUGGAGCGUAGAAGUAAUUUUCCCAGAUGUCAUUUGGUUUAUUGAUGUCAUAUCUGAUGUCACAGGACGUGUAAGCAUUCCUUUUUAAUGCACUAGAUUGUCCUUUAUGUUUGAUAGGGGAAUAGUGUGAAGCAUAUUAGAAUCUGAUUUUCUAUAUUCUGGUAAAUGACAGCUACAAUGAUCUCACUAUGUCAUAAGUAGUGAAUAGUAGAAUUUUGAUGUUUAAAUUUUUUGAAAUUAAUUAAUUAAUGGAUAGUUCAAAAUUUAAAUCCCACGUUAAUUAAAAAUCAGGAUGGGGUAAAGACCAGUUUUGGUGCUUUAAACAGCUUUUUGUAUUUAAAUGGUUUCUUAAAAUUCUUGUCUGAGAAUAAUGUUAUUUUCAAUGUCUGUUUUUGUUGUGUCUACUAAGAUUAAUUGCAAUUUUUCCAAAUUUUUUAUUCUUUGUUACCUAGAGAUUGUUAAUCAAAAGUUUACUGUUUUCUAAUGCUUCUAUUUUUAAAGAGCAUAUGAUUUUUUCCUCUCAUGUUUUGUAUUGUACUUCAUCAACAUCCAUUGAGAAGAAAAGUUACUGAUAUAAUGUGGAAAGGGUUGCUUAUUAAUUGUUAGAUGGUAGAGGAAUGUGAAAUUUGAGAUGCGUAAUUUUACAUCCAAUUUGAUGCUUGCUUUUAAUUGGUAAGUGGUAAUGUUCAAUGUAUACUGGCAUGCGAGCAGUUCCUGUACAAAAAUCGUAGUUACUUAAAAAUUAUUUUUUAUUACGCUCUCUUACUAAAUAUAGUAAUAUAGGUAAAAAUUCUUAUAAUUAAACAGGUUUUCAUCACAUUACCCACUUAUCUGUACACAGGUGGUAUUAGUGGAAAACUCUUUAACAGGCCUCAUAUGUAAGUAUUUUUGCGCAAGGAUGGAAUCCCCCAACAUUUACAAGGUAACUUUUUGACAAAGAACAGGUGAAAGUGAUUUAAAAUGAAAACCUUUUAUAUGUACUGGGGAACUGACACUUAGAUUUUGUCUUGUUAAUACAUCUGCUUGAUUUGAUAUCAAUUUUUGAUGAAUGCAAGUAAUAACCAAGCGUUUAAUCGGAAAAAUAUGGAUACAGCUUCUGUACGGGAACUGCUCGCACACCAGUACAGUCUCAUAUUAUUCAAGAAAUGUGUUUUGCUAUUUUCAUCAAUUGAGAUGGCUUUGAAGUGUUAGAUAUGAGGAUUUUUCUUUAAUAAUGGAAUAUUUUUAGGCCAAUGUCACAAUACAGAAAUGUUUUCCAGAUCUGAACGCUUUUUAUCAUUAUAAUUUAUAUUAUCUCAAUUUUAAGUUCUGCUGAAAUUUUUACUUGCUAUAAUUAUUAAAUUUAUAUACUCCUUAUAUUUAUAUGACUAUUUGUCUUUUAUUCACCUCGGCAAUAAUUUAAUUUAUAGUAUUUAUAUUUCAAUAAUUUUGAUUGUUAUAAUUGUUAAUGUUAAUCACAUUGUUAAGAAUGGCAGACAUUCAAAAAGUUUUUAGCAUGUCCAUUAUAUGUCAUAGAAUCACAGAAUAAAGGAAAAAGUUAAAUACUCA